AUGAAGUCUUACAUCCAAAUCUUCGCACUUGUUGCCCCCCUUCUUGCCCUGGCGAUCCCGGUUCCCGCGGACACACAAGCCACUACAGAUGCAGAUGCCGAGAGCUUCUUCAUCCAGACCGAUGUUGGCUGGUUUGACGGCGGUGACAGCAAGAAGCGUGAGGCGGCCAAGAAGCCGGAGUCUUUUUGA